GUAGACUCGCUACGAACUGACCAAUCGAAUUUACGUAAAUGCGUAGAAGUUGAUCACGUGAUCGUUCACUGAUCGGAAAUGUUCCUUGGCCAGCCAUUUCCGUCUUCUCAAGAUCUGUCAGCCAUUGUCGCUCUGUUUGCCGGGUUGGAAAAGAUCUUCUAAACAGAGUUGACAUCGAUUAGUUGGAAGGAUAAUUGUACGUUGCAGAUAGCCACCACAGCUUGUUCAAACAUUUGAAAUGUAUACCACAGCGUAUAGCAACCACACAAGUUAUAGAUCGAGAGGAAGUAGAGAUUUUAGUAAUCGAAAUGGUGGCGGUACAGCAUAUUGGAAUGGUCAGCAACAAACUCAGAAAGAAUAUAAUGGAAAGAAACAAAAUCAGAAAAAAAUACCAGGAGAUUUAUUAAAAAAACCUAAUUGGGACUUAGCUACGCUUCCAGUUAUUACAAAGAAUUUGUAUAUCCCACAUGUUAAUGUUUUAAACAGAACUUCUGAAGAAAUUAAUAAAUUUCAUGCUGGCAAAGAAAUUACUGUUAAAGGAAAUAACACUCCGCCUCCAAUUCAAGCUUUCGAGGAAAGCAAUUUCCCAGAUUAUGUAAUGGAAGAGAUAAAGAAACAAGGAUUUGCUGAGCCUACUGCAAUUCAAGCUCAAGGGUGGCCAAUUGCUUUAAGCGGACGAGAUAUGGUUGGCAUUGCUCAAACUGGUUCUGGAAAAACUUUAGCGUACAUCCUUCCAGCAACUGUACAUAUUAAUAAUCAACCUAGGUUGAACCGAGGUGAUGGUCCAAUUGUUUUAGUUCUUGCUCCAACCCGAGAAUUGGCUCAACAAAUCCAAUCGGUAGCUAAAGAUUUCGGUUCUUCGUCAUGCAUUCGAAAUACAUGCAUUUUUGGAGGUUCUCCAAAAGGGCCACAAGCGCGGGAUCUUGAAAGAGGUGUUGAAAUUUGUAUCGCUACACCAGGAAGGCUCAUUGACUUUUUAGAAAAGGGAACUACAAACUUACGAAGAUGCACAUAUCUUGUUCUCGAUGAGGCUGACAGAAUGUUAGAUAUGGGAUUUGAACCUCAAAUAAGGAAGAUAAUAGAACAGAUCAGACCAGAUCGUCAAGUUCUUAUGUGGUCGGCAACAUGGCCCAAAGAAGUACAAGCACUUGCAGAGGAUUUUCUUACUGAUUACAUUCAGAUCAAUAUUGGUUCGUUGACUCUGGCUGCAAAUCAUAAUAUUCGUCAAAUCAUAGAGAUUUGCCAGGAACAUGAAAAAGAAUCAAAACUAUCCAAUCUAUUGAGAGAGAUCGGUGGCGAGCGUGGAAGCAAAGUUAUUAUUUUUGUUGAAACGAAAAAGAAAGUAGACGAUAUUACAAAGUCUAUCAAACGAGAAGGUUGGUCAGCGAUUUCUAUUCAUGGUGAUAAAUCACAACCCGAACGAGAUUACGUCUUGUCUGAAUUUAGAAAUGGAAAAACUAUGAUCUUAGUUGCAACCGAUGUUGCUGCACGUGGCUUGGAUGUAGAGGAUGUCAAAUACGUCAUUAAUUUCGAUUAUCCAAAUAGUUCGGAGGAUUAUAUUCAUAGAAUAGGUCGCACUGGACGUUGCCAAAGUGCAGGAACGGCUUACGCUUACUUUACUUCGAAUAAUGCGAGACAAGCUAAAGAAUUGAUAUCUGUUUUGGAAGAAGCUGGUCAAGUAAUAAAUCCUCAAUUAGCAGACAUGGCGAAUUCUAUUAGAAAUCAAUUUGGAAAGGGUCGACAACGUUGGAGUUAUGGUCGCUUUACCAAGGAUAACAAUUCUGGUGGAAGUCCAAGAAGUAACAAUAGCCCAACAAUAAAUAAUUGGCAAAAUCAUCAGACUCAGACCAUUCAACAUCAAAACGUUACUAAUCCAGAAAGGAUGAACAUACGCCAACAAAAUGGUUAUCAGAACACUCGUCAGAACACUUACCAACCGUCUGUUUACCAACAACAACCACAGCCACAUCCACAACAACAGCAGCAACAACAACAGCAACAACAACAACAACAACAACAGCAGCAUCAACAUCAACAGCAUCAGCAUCAGCAUCAACAUCACCAUCAGCAUCAACAACAGCAACCGCAACAGCAUCAGCCACAACAGCAACAGCAUCAACAACCGCAACAACGUCAGCCUAAUACGAAUUAUCAAGGCGGAUAUCAAUCUAAUGGUAGUGCUUGUCAACCAGGAUAUCAAAAUAAUAAUGCUCUCCGAUAUCCAAAUAGAACGGGCUAUCAAGGAAAUCGUUAUAACAGUAGACAAAAUGGAUACAGUAGUGGUCAAAACGGUCAAAAUGUAUAUUCAAUGCCACCUGCGUUUAUCAUGCCAUCGGGUGGACACACAGAUUCCGGAAUACAGAGUCUCGUCAAUAACAAGUUCUUCCAAACGAACAGACCACCACCGAAUACAGGAGCUUGCGCUUAUCAAUCGAUGGGAUACGGCCAGUUUCAGGCUGUACCGCCGUAUGGUUAUCCUUAUCCGCCGACACAGGUGCAGCAGUGACGUCUUAGAUGCAAAUCAGCGGCCAUUCGAGCUAAGUAAAAUCCACAUCGAUAUAUUCCUCGUGCCCUCUUUGUUAAGAAAAAAAAAAAGAAAAAAAAAAGAGAAAAGAAAAGAAAAGAGAAAUCUGUAAUGGCCCAACACGAUGGCCCAUUUAAAAUAUAUUUUAAGCAUUAAAUGAAUAACGCGAGUACCGUUAACGGUGGUUGCAUCUUGUACAUAUAUAAUCGGAGAGGGACGAGAACUGUCUGUAUUAUAUGACACGGUAAUGAAACUUACAAAUUUGAGUUAAGUUCACGAUUAUAGAUAAUACAAAUAUUUUGUUGCGUCUCUUUGCGAAAGAUACAGAAAUACGUAUGUACGUACGAAGAUUGCAUUCUUCCCCCGUUAUAGGUUAUACUGAUGAGAAGUAAAAGGUGGGGAGUGGAGGAGAAGGGAGGGGGGAGAAAGAAAAGAGUGAGAGGCUUCUAUUAAUUAAUAUAACCAAAGUGUUAGAGGUAUCAGAAAAAAAAUGAUAAAAUAUUUGUUGAUCGUAUAAAUGUCAUCAACAUAUUGUGUUUGUUUUUCUUCCUUUGUUUUUCUUUUCUGUUGUCUUUGAAGUUAAAAUAAUCGAAAGAUUCGAAUAUCUCUUUAACACAUUCACUACCCAUGAAAAUCACCAGCUAUCGAUUGAGUAUUGUUUAAUUAUUUUAUUAUAUACGAUAUUCUUCUAUUGAUGAAUCUCACAUGGAUUUGAUAUAAUUUUGCAUUAUUUAGAAUUAAUGCAUGUCGGCUAUAGAUGAUAUAAAUGGGUUAAUAUAUUUACAUUUUUUAUAUACUAAGGACCACAUUUAUCGUCAUAAAAGAGGCAUAACAUGUCGAACGAAGUACAGCAAUAAGUAAUUGAAUAAUUCAACUAUGUUUUCCAUCCUUAUUCUUAAUCCUUAACGGUUGAAGACUCCAUAGUUGAGCCUUAUACUUAUACUAUUAUAGUCACUUACAAUUAAGGUGAAAGAGCGGAUAGAUAAAUAUGUCGGAGAGAGUGUGUUAAAGAUCUUUUUGUUUCACGUGAGCCUCAUUACAAUUUAUGUUUUAUAAGAACAUCUAACAUCUCUAUGGGAAUAAUUUUGAAAAAGAGAAAAGAAACGUAGGAAGGAAUGCAGUAUAGUUAGAAAACCAAAGUGAAGAGAGUUUACGUUUACUGCAGAAAAUUAUUUCGAGAAUGUUAUAGAAGAGGAACUUUUUGAAAAAAGGUGACACGUUUAUUAAACCGUCCAAGUCAUCUUGCUGUCACCUCAUCAUUUUUGUUUAUCUUACAAAUAACAGUGAGAAAAUAACGUUCUCCGUUUACUGUUUCUUAGUUUUAUGUUUUCUUUUCUUCUCUCUCUCUCUCUCUCCCCCCCCCUCUCUCUCUCUCUCUCUUUCUCUCUCCCUCUCUCUCUCUUCUUUUUUUAAAAUAUUUUUUUAGAUUACAUCGCGGCAACAACGAGCAACGUUGAAACGGGCUUUCUUAGGAUACUAGAUCGUGGGUCCGUUCCCCGGUAUCACAAUUAAUACGAUGAUAUAUAAUAAGAUGAUACUGAUUUUUACCGAAUGUUCCAUCGCGCAGAAUAUAUCAUCAGUGAUCACAUCGGUUUGCGUGAAGGAACGGAAAUUAUACAGGGCCUUAAAAAACGGAGUGUAUCGCAAUGUUUUCCUUAUUCGAAAGGUGAAUCCAUUGGGGAUGAUUUUUGAUCUCGCUGCUUCGUAUGCAUUUUUUGAAUGUUUUUUUAUUUACAAAGGAAAAAAAGACGAUACGCGGCGUUUAAAAACGUCUUAUCCUCAGACAUUCAGUAUAUGGUAGCGAUGGUCGACCCAUGCAUCUAGAAAGAUUGAUGAUUAUUAGCUUUCGAAACACGAGUACCUUUGUCAUAUUAAAUGCUGAGCGCUGUGAUAUCGCGUACAUAAACAUUUUAGUGUUGUAAACGUAAAUACACAUAUUGUAAUGUUAACGAAUAUUAUCUCCUUUAUAUACGAAGACUGAAUCUCUCGCCAACUUAUGAAUAACAAGUUUAGCCAAGCACAGGUGACACGUUCAUAUAUCAUAUAUAUAUGUGUGUAUAUCCGAAUGCCUAUUUGUAUAUUAUUAGUUUACAAUAUCGUGUCCUACGCGAUGGUUGGACGUGCCAGUACUGUUAUGUUAGUUUGAUGAAGAGAAUGCGUGUUUAUAUUGUGCGUCGCACUCGACGAACGGAACUACUCAAUUCUGCAAUUCUCUCUUUGAGGUUGGGUCCAAUUUUGUCAGCGUUCAAUGCUUCGUUAUAUACGGUGAUUCAUUGUCGUUUUCCGCGAUUCUAUUUCUAAAUUAUCCAUAAAAAACGUACAGAUCACGCGUAUACAAAGAAACAAUAAAUAAAUAAAAACUAUAUGUUAACAUUUGAAGAAAAAAAGUAAAAUUAAAUACAUGGACGAAUUUUUAAUUCCCAUUCGUGUUCUUCUUCGUACUUCAUUCGAAUCUAUCGACACUAGUUGUAGGAUAGUUGGCAUACGAGAAGAAAGCAAAUGAGCUUUAAUUCAGUCCAUUCAAUGUAUCAAGGGAUAAUUAUUAUGAAGAUAUAAAAUAAUCGCAUAUUCUUAUAUCCUUUAUUAUAAUAUUUUAUGAAACUAAACGUUCAUUUUGACGGAUGUUCAAAAGCAAUCUCAAUCUGAGAGGAUGCGGUCGAGUAGUAGUCUGUAAAAAGAAAAAGAAAAAAAAAAGAAAAAAAAACAAAAAAAAAAAGAAAAAACAAAUAAACAAAACCAUGAAGUCUGGUAUUGUGAGACGGAUUAUGUCGGAUUUGCAUAUGCGUUAUCGCAGCAUUAGCAAUAGAUGUAUCAUUAUUCUUUUUAUAUAUAUAUUUUCCCUCGACAAUCUCGUUGGGCGAAAGUAAUUUGGGACAGAAUUCGCAUUGAAUUUUUUAAUUAUUAUUAUUAUUAUUAUUAAUAUUAUUAUUAUUAUUAUUUAUUAAUAAACCCGUAGAAAAUCGUAAUGCGUUAUGCAACAUGAUUGUAAUACCUCUUUCACGAUAAAUUCACAAUAUUUAUUGAGAUGAUAUUGUUAUAACAGUCACGAUCCAUCGAUUUUGUUAAUAAAGAGUUAGAGUUACUCGAGAUUCAGGCUAAAAAGGGGAUACAAUGUUGUUGCGGGUUAAGUUGAAUUCUGUCGUAGAAUCUUGCUCGGGAGACUACAGAUUAUCUUAUAAUCUAAAGGUAGAGAAAAUAUACAUAUACAUUUAAAUGGCAUUCCUUGUAGUUCGAACAUUUUAUAUUUAAGAAGAUCCUGAAACGUGCAGGGUAUUUCGUUAUCUACGUAGGUGUCUGCCUCUUCUUUUUUCUCAUUUAUCUUAUCCGUUCUCUAAAUUUUAGAGAGCACCCCCUUUCUUAAACUAAGAAUCUGGGCACCCCCGUGAGCGCUUCUAAAGAGCAAAUCGAGUAGUCAAAGUGAUAAAAAUUAAGUGUCGCCAGUAAAGUUAUCCAAAAAAAAAAGCGACAUUUCAUUUGCGAAAAGUAUAAUCGUACUUUACCCGACCAACGAUUAAUACUACGUAACGUGUAAAAAAAAGUAACGCGUUUUUCUUUGAAGAGCAUUAUCGUCGAUAUUUCAACUUAAAAUUAUGCCGAGCUUGGCAUUAUUUUCUUUCUUCCUGUUAAUAUACUUUCUUGUGUUCGUGCUUAAUGAUAAUGAUAAUAAUUAGUGUUACACGAAUUAGUAAAAAAUAAUGCGAAAGAAUGGCCAAUUAGAAAGCUUAUCGAUGUUUUUCAAUAUUACUGGAUGAAAUUCUAAAGUACUUGUGUGUUUCUACAAAACGAUUUGAGAUUGUAUGUGUACACCUUAUUGAGGUUAAUUAAUAACGAUAAUUUUAUUGUUAUAUAUGAUUAAUAAUAUGAUAAUCGAUAAAGGAAUAGAAUAUGUUACAGGAAUAGAUAAAAUCACAAAUAUUGACUAUCAGAGUUCUCAAUUCCUAUCAUAAAGGUUCGAGAUUGGAAAAAUCUCACUUCUAUGUAAAAACACGUAACCUCAAUUUUUUCACAAAUGAAAAAUACAAAACGCAAUACACUUAGAAUUUAAUGUGAUACUAAGUAAAAACAUCGGUUGAUUUGAUUUAUAGUUUAUCAACGUUCUUAACUAAAGCGUUAAGAAUAAUCAUUAUCAUUGUUACUUUGUGUAAAUUAUACGAGUAUUAUACAGCGCCAAUGAUGUACUGUGUGCAACACAUUACCGUACAGACAAACAUAUUUCGUUCUUUAUAUUAUUGUACGAUUUCAUAAUGCGCCGAAUGUUCAAAACUUCGAUACGUAAUUUGGUGCUCUGUUGCAAAGAGAGAGCUUAUAGAAAUUUCUAUGUUUGAAAAAUACUCGCACUUAUCGCAUAGUAUAAUAAUCCGUUAAUUCGAUCCGUUCUUCUUUUUUUUUUUACAUUAUGUUUGCGCAUAUAAACGAAUAAUAUCGACAUUAAGUUAUAUUGAAAACUAAUUUCUUUGAUAUUUUUAUUGUUAUAUUAUAUUUAUUUUCUUAUUUCAAUACAUAUUUAAAUAUAAUCUGAAGAUAUAAUAGUUGGAUGGGUGAAAUGAAACCGAUCGUAGGAAAAUAUUAUUUUUGUUCGAUUUGAUCAAAAAUUUGUUAUCUGGGUUAUAAACCGAGUUACUCUAAUUUAUCUUGUAUUUCUACGAUUAAAAAUUUACAAAAGUGAAUAUUGUAAUAUCCUAAAAACUCCGAUGAGUUAGAAUGUUUUUUUUUUGUUUUUCCAUUUUAAUUUAACGUAAAUUACAUGAUCUUACGUGCGUUUGAAACAAAUUAACAAUUUUAAGAUGAUAUACAUAAUAUUUAGUUGGAAAAAUGUAUCAAAAGUAUGUUUGUAAAUUUAUACGGUGUUAUUGAUUUUCUUUAUUUAUAUUUUAGUCCAACGUGCUACUACCAUUUGAUUUGUGUUUUUUCCUUUUUUUUUUUCGAUCAAUAUGUACAUGAUAUAUUUAAAUGAUCAUUUAAAAAUAUAUCGUACAAAACAUUCCGCCAUAAAAUUUUAAUUGAGAAGUCAAUAACUUCGGUCAUUGUUCAAGCUAUUACUUUUCUUAUUUGUAUAAUAAGUUUAAUAGAUUUAUUCAUUUUUACGCACGUAUCGCUUUUGUUGUUAUACUCGCUCGUAUGUGAAUGCGUUUCACUUUCAUAUAAUAUAUUACAUACACUUUGAUACAUUAAAUUAACUUUCAAAUGUCCUAAAGUACGAUACUAAUUAAUUUAGUUAUGUAAUAUAAUCGACGAAUUAAAAGAAACCGGUACGAAGAAUUUCUUAAUGUGGCAAAUAAAUAUAUAUUAAAAUGAAAUUAUUAUUUAAAUAUUGAAAUACAAUGGGCUAAGUUGUCGUACUAUUUAAAAAAGAAUAAUAAUAAUAAUAAAAGGAAAGUAAAUCUAUAUAAUAGAUAUGCGAGAAUAACAUUAUGAUAAAACUUGUACGUCAUAAGCAUUAUUUUCACUCCGUUGUAAGGUCAAAUAUGUUACGUAAAAAUUACGAAACGUUAAUAUGAAUCUAACGUAACGUUUUCUUAAGUAUAUAAACGUAUAUAAGAGCAACAUUGACAUUACAUACAUACGCUCGUGGUUUUGUUUUUAUAUUGUCGACUUAUAUAUUCCUUGCAAAAAAAUAUUUUCGAAGAUAACAAUAAUUGAAAACAAUGUGUCGUAUGAAAGGUAAAGCGUAUCGUUGAUGUUGUUUAAUAAUAAAAGAAAAAAAAGUAAAAAUGCGAUUAUACAAUGAAAUCUGGAUGACAAAUAGAGAGAUAAUUCAGUAUUUCAUUAGAAAAGUGCAUAACCUUCGCGUUUUAAAUAUAAAUCGAUAUUCUAGUCAGAAUUGUUUCAACAAUUUUCGUGAAAAACUUUGCAACGUUUAAAGAUAGUGCUCAAUAUUACGAAACGCAAGUUCAUUUUUCUUUUUCAUAAUCAUGCUGGCACUUCAAACACGUAAUAAUAUUAACGUGUGUUGUUUUUUAAUAACGUAAAAAGUAUAAUAGUUAAAAGACCGUAACUUUAUUCAUUUAUAGUUAUAAUAUUACAAGUAAUAAUUACAAAUGAUACUACACAUUUCUUUGUAUUUGAUAAUGUUUUACGAAAGAAAAUGAAAAUAUUUAAAAAAAGAAAAAAAGAAAAAAGUAAAAGAAAAGAAAGGAAAGUGGGGUUUGAGCAUAAAUCAUCAAGUUUCGGCGGAAGCAUUAGUACUUAUAAUGAAAGAGAAAGUGGCAAGAAAACAAUUUAUUUAUUUCAUUUUUAUUACAACCUAAGUUUAGUAAUAUAUUCUUCUCUCCUACUAUAUGCAGUCAGAACAUACUACUUGGAUUAUUUACAAAGAAAUAGUCGAAAAUGAUGAUAUUCAUUGCAAGUAAAUUGAAAAUGUAUUUAUACUUAUUCUUAUGCUAUCUAAAAAGUAUUUAAUAAAAUUAUCAUCUUUGAGUUAGUGAAAAAAAAAAUAUAUAUAUAUAUAUGAUAGCUAAACAAAAAUGCAUGAAAAGUAAAACAAGUGACAAGUGUUAUGUAUAUUCAGAUUCUCUUCUGUAGGUUUCAUUAAUGUGCAUUUCUUGUAUGUUAUACAGUAUUAUGGUAAAAAAAAAUUAAGAGAAUAAACAUUCAAAUAGUAAA